CAUAGAGUAGACAAAUAAAUAGAACAGCACACACACAAGCAUAUGCUACGCAGAUUUUUGUUUUUUAACGAUCACAUAUUUAACUGACAUCGAAAAAUGGGGUUGUUUCUAUCAAGACUAAGUAAAUUGUUUGAGGACUGGGGCACUUCGCAGGCAAGAAUCUUGAUGCUUGGAUUGGAUGCAGCAGGUAAAACAACAGUACUCUACAAACUCAAACUGAACGAAACGGUAUCAACUAUCCCUACAAUAGGAUUCAAUGUAGAAACUGUAACACCUGUGAAGGGCCUCACAUUCACUGUAUGGGAUGUUGGCGGCCAGGACAAAAUCAGACAACUAUGGAAGCACUAUUUUCAAAACACUGAUGGGUUGGUGUAUGUCGUAGACAGUGCUGACCGGUCGAGAAUGUCUGAGGCCCGGGAAGAAUUAUUCGGUAUUCUAGAAAGCGAUGAGAUGAAAGGUGUACCCGUAUGUCUUAUAGCCAACAAACAAGAUCUACCUAAUGCUUUGAAUCCAUCGAAAAUUAUUGAUCAACUAAACCUGCAUAAGCUCACUGGGCGGAAGUGGUAUGUCCAAGCUGCGUGCGCAACUACCGGGGAAGGUAUUUACGAGGGAAUGCACCAGCUAGCUUCAAUGGUGAAAGAAUUUAAGAAAGAGAACAGAGCUUAUUGACAGUGAAAGCUAAGGCAAUAUUGAUCCGAAACAACAGGCCAGCAAACGUUUCAAGGAAGAUGUUUUUCGGCUUGUUACGGGAAUAUACCGUCGGUGCUCACAUGAAAAGUAAAAUAUGAAUGGAAAAUCAAACAAUGAAAUAAGAGAGUAUAGGACUAAAAGAACUAAGGAAGAUGCAAUUUUCAUGAGCUGUGUAUGCUAAAAUAUGUCUUUACAAUAGGACAUGUACCGUUUAGUGACUAACAAACAUGUGUUAGAUUGUACUUAACAACCUCAAAAGUGAAAAUAGGCAUAUCAGAUGGUUUUGCAUUGUAUUCAUACAUUAUACAUAUAUACUUAUCUCAAAAUCAUUAUCAUAGCUCUUUGAAUGUGUUCAUAAUUCAUUCUUUUGUCCGGACUUGUAAAUAUGUAAAUAUUAACUAUUUUCUUAUUUAUUUUAUAUAUUGUUAUUUCUGAUGAUCUGUGAUAAAGUUUUACAUUGUUGUUCCUAUGAAAUAAAAAUUCUGUUUCAAAAUUAUGCUUUACUCUUCAAGUCACAGUUUGACAUUACCGUGAAAGAUAUAGACAGAAAGGGAGAAAGAAAGAAGGAAAAAGGAGGCAGUUAGAGUUUGAUUAAGCGCCAUAAAGUUAAGGAAGAAAUAGCACAGACACAACUUUGUGAAACGUCUUUAAACAAAUUUAUUUGAAUAUGUUAAACUUAAUUCGACAGGCAGCGUUUUUUAAAAGAUAUUCGAGCACUCAUUAAUAAUAUCGUUUUGUCCCAAGAAAAAUAACGAUUCAGUAUUAAGAAACAAAUUAAAUUGGCGUGGUCUAUGUACUAUCAUGCUGA